AUGAGUGAUGAGUUAAUGAUACCGAAAUCUCCUCUGUAAUUCAGAAAAAAUUCAGAAUAUGAACCUUAACGAAUUCUAGUUGGAGUUACUGGAGGUUCAGCUGCUGGUAAGACUACUUUAUGCGAGACUAUAAAAAGAGAGAUCCAAUAUGAUUCGGAUGUUGACAUGACAAUCUUAUCUUGCGAUUCAUUCUAUAAGGAAGUUGACAAAACCAAAAUCGAUAUCACUCAAUAUAAUUUUGAUCAUCCAGACUCCAUAGAUUGGGAUUAUGCUUUUCAAGUAAUUUCUACUUUGUUAUCUGGUAAACCUUCAAAAAUACCGAAUUAUUCUUUUGUAACAUAUAAAAGAGAGGAUGAAGAUUAAAUUGUUUUGCCAGCUCAAGUAAUAGUGUUUGAGGGGAUUUUAUCUUUGUAUGAUGAAAGAAUUCGAAAUUGUAUGUCGUAUAAAAUCUUCAUUCAUUGCGAUGAUGAUAUUCGAUUGUGUAGAAGAAUCCUCAGAGAUGUUCAAGAGAGAGGCAGAUCAGUGCAAAGUGUAUUAUUUCAGUACAGUUAAUUUGUUAAACGAUCUUUUGAAAAUUUCAUCUCACCCUUUAUGAGUCAGGCGGAUCUAAUUAUUCCAGGUCAUAGAUCAAACCAUGUUUCUGUGGCUUUUAUUGUGAAUCAUCUUAAAAACAUGGCUAAAUAGAAUGGAUUGCUGAGAGAGAAAUUAAAUACCUAACUUUAUUUUGGAGAUAUUUUGUAUUCAGUCGAUGGUUUCAUGCGUAAUAGAACUUCAAUGGAUUUUACUAAAUACUAUUCAAAUUACAAGCAGUUAUUUUUCCCAGAAGAGCAACUAAAAAAUGAAUUGCUUUAUAUAACCUAAAAUUUCUUAGGAGGGAAAUUAACCACAAAGAAAUCUAUCUAUAAAAUGGUUAAGCUUUGCUUCAAACAGACCUACAUAAUGUUAGAAAAAUGUUUAGUUUAAAAUAAAUAAACAUUCGAUUAAGUUAAGUGCUAUCAUUUAAAUGAAAUCCUAGCCAAGGAGUUUAUCCCAGAUAAGAAUAUCAAUACCAUAGUUGUGGCUGUCCCCUACAUACUUAGAAAUGGAACAUAGAAGCUACAUCAAGUGGAGGAGAAGUUAAAAUAAUAGUAGCAAAUUUAAUUAAUUGUUGUUAAUGUGUUUUCAGAUAUUAAGGCAGUGACUGAUAUCAAUUGGACAUUCAAGAGACUUAAGAUCUUGGUCAACGCAUUUUUGGUUGGUAGGCUGGAUAAAUUUAGGAGUCUAUUGUUACUACAACAGGAUUAAGAGCCUGAUAUUAUGUUUUAGUAGGAUAGGUUUUACAAAAAAUUGAAUGAAUUCAUUAAGAAGAAGAAACUGGGAAAUAUAAAAAAUGAGGAUGAUGAAUUUUGUUGA